AUGGACACCCCUGGCUAUCCCCCAUCGGUGUCCGCAACCUCGGAACCCGGGAACACCUCCUCGGCCUGGCUCCUGGAUGCCACCCUAGGAAACGUGUCUGUGGUCCCGAGCACGGCCGGGCUGGCCGUCCGUGGGGUCCUGAUCCCACUGGUCUACCUGGUGGUGUGUGUGGUGGGCCUGCUGGGCAACUCACUGGUGAUCUACGUGGUCCUGCGGCACACAGCCAGCUCGUCGGUCACCAAUGUCUACAUCCUCAACCUGGCGCUGGCUGACGAGCUCUUCAUGCUGGGGCUGCCCUUCCUGGCGGCCCAGAACGCCCUGUCCUACUGGCCCUUUGGCUCCCUCAUGUGCCGCCUGGUCAUGGCCCUGGACGGCAUCAACCAGUUCACCAGCAUCUUCUGCCUCACGGUCAUGAGUGUGGACCGCUACCUGGCGGUGGUGCAUCCCACCCGCUCGGCCCGCUGGCGCACAGCGCCCGUGGCCCGCACGGUCAGUGCGGCCGUCUGGGUAGCCUCUGCUGUAGUGGUGCUGCCCGUGGUGGUCUUCUCAGGGGUGCCCCGGGGCAUGAGCACCUGCCACAUGCAGUGGCCCGAGCCGGCGGCCGCCUGGCGGGCCGGCUUCAUCAUCUACACGGCCGCGCUGGGCUUCUUUGGGCCACUUCUGGUCAUCUGCCUCUGCUACCUGCUCAUUGUGGUCAAGAUGCGCUCAGCAGGGCGGCGGGUGUGGGCCCCCUCGUGCCAGCGCCGGCGGCGCUCCGAGCGCAGGGUCACGCGCAUGGUGGUGGCCGUGGUGGUACUCUUCGUCCUCUGCUGGAUGCCCUUCUACGUGCUCAACAUCGUCAACGUGGUGUGUCCGCUGCCCGAGGAACCCGCCUUCUUCGGCCUCUACUUCCUGGUGGUGGCGCUGCCCUACGCCAACAGCUGUGCCAACCCCAUCCUGUACGGCUUCCUCUCCUACCGCUUCAAGCAGGGCUUCCGCCGGGUCCUGCUUCGGCCUUCCCGCCGCGUGCGAAGCCAGGAGCCCCCUGCUGGGCCUCCAGAGAAGACCGAGGAGGAGGAGGAGGAGGAGGAAGAGGACGGGGAGGAAGGUGCGAAGGAGGUUGGGAGGAAGCGGGCAAGGAAGCAGGGGAAAGAGAAGCAGAUGAAUGGCCGGGUCAGUCAGAUCACACAGCCUGGCACCAGCAGGCAGGAGCUGCUGCCCAGCCACGUGGCCGGCAAGGAACAGCAGUUCCUACCCCAAGAGCCCUCGGCUGGGGACAAGUCGGGCGCAUUGCACAUCAGCUGUGUGUAG